UAUAGUGUUUGUUCCUCAUUGUGUCUGCAGUAAAAAUGAGGCUUUUGAAUGAGAUAAACUUCAGGCUGCUCUCAGAUCUUAACUCUCUUAGCUGGCAAACAGGUUCUUCCAACAGUAGUGAAAUGGGAUUGUUGUCAUGAAUGGAUUUAGAGAAUAUAAGUGAACUGCCAGGUGAUAAAAGCAGGCUGAGUCCUCUGUAGAUCCUGGUUACACGUGCACAGGUGUCUGCACAGAGCAGUGUGAAGGAAUGGGGCCUAAAUUGAAUCAGCAAAUUCACUGUCUCCUCAUGAAGCACAAAUCUCCAGUCAGAAACAUCAAUCAAACAAGGUAUUCCGGAGACCACCUGUGGCUGUUUUCAAGAUAGUGUCACUUAAUGAGGUUAUGGGAGAGAAGGAGCCAUGUCAGAAGAAGCUGUUACUGAGGCACGAUUUUCUCUGAAGAUAGUAGCCUUACGGGUAUUUCAUCUUCCCCUUUCCUGGUAUCAUUCUCUCAACCAGCUAAAGCUCUCACCUGGGUUAAAGAAGCUUUUAACGGUAACAGCAGUGAGUGCGAUAUCUGUUAUUUUUCUGGCCCAUCACUUUAAAAGAAGACGUGGAAAGAAAAACAAGAAAGUGCCAGCAUGGGAACCAAGUCAUCUGGUACUAGAGUGUACUAAAGCAGCUGCAUCAGAAAAAGGUUCUAGUUGUUCCAGUAGUCGGCAAAACUUGACCCUUUCUCUGAGCUCUGUGAAGGAAAAAGGAUCUCAGUCUUGUAUCUAUGCAAAUGGAGGACUUUUCAGUAAAUGCUCUGGUUCAGUUCAAAGCCUGGCCUCGGUUCAGAGUGCCACUUCUUGUCACAGUUGUGCUUGUGGCAAUUCAAAUUCCUGGGAUAAAGCAGAUGAAGAUGAUAUUAAGCUUGUCAAUAUUCCAGUGACCACACCUGAGAAUUUGUACUUGAUGGGUAUGGAGCUUUUUGAAGAAGCACUGCGUCGGUGGGAGCAGGCACUAACUUUCCGUAACAGGCAAGUUGAAGAUGAAGCAAGUUGUGGUUCCAUUAAGCUGGGAGCAGGAGAUGCAAUUGCAGAAGAAAGUGUAGAAGAUAUCAUUAGUGCUGAAUUCAUUCAUAAGCUCGAAUCCCUUCUUCAAAGAGCUUACCGUCUUCAGGAGGAGUUUGAAGCCACCCUUGGGGUCUCUGAUCCUGCUUCUCUAGCUAAUGAUAUUGAUAAAAAUACAGACAUUACUGUAAAGGAUAAUAUGGAUGAUUUCGGCCUUCGAGAUACAUUAAGCAUUGCAUCAACAGACUCCUUUGUUUCCACAGCUGAGCUUACAGAGCACAGAGAGAUUCGUAAUACAUACGGUCUUGAUUCCCUUUGCCAUUGCCCGUUGUAUGAAGAAGCUAUGCACUUAGCAGAAGAAGGCAAAAUUUAUUCACGAGUGUUAAGGACUGAAAUGUUUGAAUGUCUAGGAGACAGUGACUUCCUUGCUAAGCUUCACUGUAUUCGACAAGCUUUUCAGGUAAUUCUUUCAGAGACAGCAAACAGAAUAUUUCUUGCUGAAAGUGGAAGAAAAAUUUUGUCUGCUUUAAUUGUGAAAGCACGAAAGAAUCCAAAGAAAUUUGAAGAUGUGUUUGAUGAAAUGAUAUAUUUUCUGGAACAAACAGAUCACUGGGAUAAUACUGAAAUGGAACUUGCUGCUACAGGAGUGAAAAACCUGAAUUUUUAUGAUGUUGUUCUGGACUUCAUACUGAUGGAUUCAUUUGAAGAUUUAGAAAAUCCACCAAUAUCUAUACAGAAUGUAGUAAAUAACCGCUGGCUAAAUUCCUCUUUUAAAGAAACAGCUGUGGCUUCAAGCUGUUGGUCAGUCCUGAAGCAGAAGAGACAGCAAGUGAAGGUGCCUGAUGGAUUUUUUGCACAUUUCUAUGCUAUAUGUGAACAUAUCAGCCCUGUUUUGGCAUGGGGCUUUUUGGGUCCUAGAAACUCCCUUUAUGACCUAUGCUGCUUCUUCAAGGAUCAAGUGCUUUUCUUCCUCAAAGACAUUUUUGAUUUUGAAAAGGUGAGAUACUCAACUAUGGAGAGUUUGGCUGAAGAUCUUAUGCAAUUAUUAAUCCGACACACUGAACUUUUAAUGGCCUAUCUUGGAGCAGAUUCACUGAGACAUGUCAAUGCUUGUGUAAGUGGUCCUGGGCAUGUCGUGACCAGUGGGCUCUUAGAAGCAAAAGUACAGUAAGCUUAAAAUCAUUGACAAAUUAAAUGGAGUGUUCCUGAUAUACUCCUUCCCACCUUUCUCUCUAACACCGAAGUUAUCAUUGCUGUUACUGAGCAAGCGUCUGAAAAUGUAUCAUGUUGCUAAGUAUGGAAAAGGACUCAGGGAGGUUAAAUGUACGUCUGUGAAAAGAACUGGUGAGCAUAUUGUUGUAUAUACCUAAAUUAAAUUUGCAGCUCCGCUGUCACUGUAUUUAUACUUAAUGUAUCCCAAAGCUUUUUUCUGUAAUAUUUGGGUAAAGUUUAUUUAUGAAAUACUGUACUUUUGCACAGAUAAUUUGUAAGUGAAGCUGAUGGAGUUGUUUCUUUAAGGGCUUAUAGUGCAGAAUGCUCAUUACAGAGUCCCCAAAACAUUGUGUGUCUAAAUCUAGGAGGUGUUUUGACUGGGGUAUACGCAGUCUCUAAUUCAUGUGACACAUGCAAUAAACUAAUCACACUCACAAAACUGAAUGUGUUGCCACUGGCGUGAAAUUACAUUUGUUGUGGGUGUUAAGCAGUCAUUUUGUACCACAGUGUAAUGGAGUGAUGCAGGUGCUGUUAGGGCAGGAAUGACUUCCAGUAUGCAUUUUUCACUUUAUUUUGUUUUAAAACAGCCAAACAUCAUGAAGGUGUUUGAAAGCACUUAUUUAUAUUCAAAAAGCUGUGGUAGCUUCACCAGUUAAUUUAAAACUUUUCCUUUUUCUACAACUGUUACCACUUUAUAUUUUGGUGUUAAACUAACGCCAUUCUCAGUUCAUAUGUAGCAUUUCAAAAUAUAUUUUUAAUAAGGAUGUCUGAUGAGAUUUGUUAAUCAUGAAUCAGAAUUGAAGUCAGUGUUUUAUAAUUAAAAGCAUUUCCAUCUUCCUCCCUUCCUUGUAGGAAGUCAGGUGUCUUAUUUAAGAGGAAGUGUAAGCAACUGUAGCUAUGUAUGUACAGUGUGAAACUGUGGCUCGGAAUAUGGAACCCUGAACUUUAGGUAGGAGUACAGCACAGUAAGAAGGCAUGUGGGAAUUUGCAGUAACACUUUUUCCUGUGCUAGAGGUAGGUAAUAAAUAAUGAUGAUCUAUAAUCUUUGAAUGCCUGUAAACUGAAACAAUAUAUUGUAGUUAGUUUAGGCUCUUUAACUACAUUUACAUGUGCUUUGCCACAAAAAGCCAGCCCACAAGAGUCUAUCCUGUGUCAAGUAAUGAAGAGUAAGUAAUAAUAAAAUAUUCAGAUGCUUAAGAAGCAUGUUGUUAAAAUGGAGCAUAUUGAAACACACUUUGAUUGGAAACAUUUAGACUUUUGUUUGAACACAACCUGAAAAGGUGAUAUUUGGAAAGGAGGGUCUGUGUAAGUCCAUAGAUUUCACUGCAGCCGACACAUUUUCAUCAUUCUUGUAUGUAUCAAAUGAAUACAACAAAAGAGCAAAAUGUCGGCUGUGGUUUGUUUCUCCACAAAGUGCGUCUUCAGUACAGAAUGUGAAGUUUUCUGCACCCAUCUCACUUAGCUUAAGCACACUUACCUGCUCAAAAGUAGCUAUAUUUUAGCAGUGUUUUGCAAGUCUAUGAAGGAAUUUAUAUGGAACAGUAAAGUGUCUCAUUGGGUUUAGAAUCAAUAGGAAUAGAUGGAAAUAGUAGUGGUGGAGUAAAUGGCAUAUUCCACAGCAAAUGUACUACCUGGAGGUUGCAAGAUGUCAAAGAAAACUGUACGCUGUGGUUUGUCUGUUCUAAUAAAAUUCUAUGAAGAAAAUUACACCUUAAUAUUCAUCACAGAAAACCAGAAAUGCACUUUUCCACAGAACUAAAUACAUAGUUAAGUGAGAAAAUUUCAUAUUAUUUAUAUAAAGCUCAUGAAGAAAGUGCAAGUGUUGCACAUGAGAUUAUAAAUGUUUCCAGAUGAUUUAAAAAUCCAUCUUGUGUUGAAACUGAAAGGAUUUUCUUAAACAGAAGAAUGAAAAAGGUCCAAUGGAACACCAGAAUGUCUGGAAAGUGGAUAAGGACCUGAAAAUAUACAGCUUAAAUAGAUGUAUGCUUUUAAAAAAGGAGCACUUCCAUGCACUCAUAGAGCUCCAAAGUCCAUAGAAUCAGGUUGGAAAUGGAACUAACGUAUUUCCCGUCCAAAAUAAGAAUUAAGGUAUCUGGUUGUUGCAAGGUGCCACCAACAAAUACUUGGUUGGGAACAGUUAAAGAAAGAGAAAAGAAAUAGGGGGAGGGAGGAAUGGAGACAGGGAGAGGGAAAUGCACAGGUACACAUGGACAGGCUUUUAUCUCCUCUGAGUCUUUUUGGACCUUUUCCCGAAAAGCGUUUAUAUGUUCUUCCCUUCCUAAUGCCAGAGACAGCUAUAAAUUCAAAUGGGGGAAGGCUGCCUCUUUGUAACACAGAGCUGGAAUCAGUUCUCCUAUAAACCCAGGUUUGUACACCGCUGAGGGAAGGGGUGUGAAGAAUGUCUGUUGAUAACCAGCCAUAUGGCUUAAGCAAAGUCCUCUACCUUUGAAAAUGCAAGUGCCAGAGCUGCACCAAUGCAGUGGCACCAGGAUGCAAUUGUACUGCAGAGAAUUCACAAUCAAAAUCAGAAAUUAGUUUACAGUCUCUAAAUUUUUAAAUAGUUUUGAAUGCCCUUUUCCCUGCUAAUGAGUCAUCCUCUUCUGCUAUAGCUGUGCUCCUAUGAUCAGAAAUGAAUGUUGAAUGUGUUGAUUAUACAAGAAUCAAGUAUUUAUAUAAUUUGUAAUUUAGUUGUAAAAAUAAUCUCACUUUAAAUGUGUUCUUAAUGAUUAUUAUACUUCAUUUUUGUAGUCUUCAGUUUCAUCAGACAAAACAUGUCAAUUCGAGUGUCAGUUAAGUGUGUUUGUGAACUUUCUAUUGCCAAAAUGAACUGCUGCUGUGUGUAUUGAAUAAAAGGCUUCAGUGAAACAAC